GGUGACCCUGACGAAGACAAAGCCAGGACUCGGCCUUUGUAUGGCAGAGUCCCCGCUCCCGCGGGCGGGAGCCCUGCCUGCCUGGGGUACUCCGCCUAACUCAGAGGCUGCCUCACCCACCCGCCUGGUGGUAUUCUGCAGCCUGACAGAUUUGGGGUUUCAUUCCCCCCAUUGAACUGUGCCCAUUUUGGGGGGCUGUUUUCAGGUGGGGGUGCGUGGAGAGGGCACUCGAGGUUAACAAAGUCGGUGUUAGACAAAAGCUGGGAUUACCUGCCAGGAAUGAGGGUGCUGGGGAUUAGAGAACUGCAUUAACAUCUGGUGGGGGCCUUCAAAUGUGCCAUGGCGAGUCACUUGAUUACACGUAUGUUAUUUAGUUAAAUUUGUGAAAAUUAUGAGAUGCUCACCAACCCGGUGAUAAACUCGCUCCCUCGCUAUUGGCUGGCCUGGUCACAUGGCCGCCAACUUUAUUCAGUUGACAGCAAGUAGGAGGGCCCUAUGGAAGGAGAAAAAAAGACAACACGAGAAAAAUUAGUAUUUUCUACCUUCUGAAAUUAAUGGCCAUGAGUUCGUAUAUGGUGAACUCCAAGUAUGUGGACCCCAAGUUCCCUCCAUGCGAGGAAUAUUUGCAGGGCGGCUACCUAGGCGAGCAGGGCGCCGACUACUACGGCGGUGGCGUGCAGGGUGCAGACUUCCAGCCCCCGGGGCUCUACCCACGACCCGACUUCGGUGAGCAGACCUUCGGAGGCGGCGGCCCUGGGCCCGGCUCCGCGCUGCCCACACGGGGUCACGGGCAAGAAGCCAGUGGCCCCAGCGGCCACUACGGAGCCCCAGGAGAGCCGUGCCCCGCGCCCCCUGCGCCCCCGCCCGCGCCCCUGCCCAGCGCCCGGGCCUGCAGCCAGCCGGGCGGCCCCAAGCAGCCGCCCCCCGGCACGGCACUCAAGCAGCCCGCUGUGGUCUACCCGUGGAUGAAGAAGGUGCACGUGAAUUCGGUGAACCCCAACUACACUGGCGGGGAGCCCAAGCGAUCCCGGACGGCCUACACCCGGCAGCAAGUCCUAGAACUGGAAAAGGAAUUUCAUUUUAACAGGUAUCUGACGCGGCGCCGUCGGAUUGAAAUUGCCCACACCCUGUGUCUGUCCGAGCGCCAGAUCAAGAUCUGGUUCCAGAACCGGAGGAUGAAGUGGAAAAAAGACCACAAGCUGCCCAACACCAAAGGCAGGUCCUCGUCGUCCUCCUCUUCCUCCUCCUCCUGCUCUUCCUCAGCUGCUCCCGGCCAACAUUUGCAGCCGCUGGCCAAGGACCACCACACGGACCUGACCACCUUAUAGACGUGGGGACCCCGGGCCCGUUCCUCCCUGCGCUCCCGGCUGAGCCGAAGCUGCGGGGGCAGGCCGGGCUUGCUGUCACCUCCCUGGGCUCUAAGGUACUGUGGGGUGGACCUGGGACACGCAGGCCGCCCUCGGACUAGGUUAGCCUCCUGCCCGAGGGCAGCCCCCUCCCUGGAGCGGGAUGGGGGUGGGAGGGGGGCGGGAUUCUCUCUCUGAGUACAUUAUCAUAUGGCAGGAGCUACUGAGAACAUAAACCUUGGCGAGUUAUUAAACUUAUGAAAAUCUCUGCUGUUGGAUUUUGAAUUUGCAAAUGAAGGUUGGAUACUUUAUCCCAGCGUGAAUUUGAACCUCCUCCCCCACCCCACCCCUCCAGGGAUCUUUGUGGUUUAAUAAUGUGGGGGAGUUGAGGCUGAAGGUUGGCCACCCCUGUGCUAGGUGCUUUCAGUGGAAACAGGAGAGCUGGGCCAGGAUUUCCGAACUUUCUGGGUUAUCUGUACAAUUUCCAGUGUGAGAAAAAGUAUUUUGCUCCCAGU